AAGAGUCGGCACAUCCCGAGCUGGUUCAGAUUUUGAGUUCCGUUGUCGGAGAGUUAGGACAGCUGACUAACUUCAAAAACGGUUUGUGUUAGCAGACUUAUUCCGAGAUGUCUGAGGUGAAGAAAGAUGUGAUAACGUUAGAAUCUGGUCAGCGUUCUGUUGAAAAAUGGACACUGCGAUCCAAGAGUGUCAGUGUAGAAAUCCUCUCUCUAGGCUGUGUCAUAACCGCCAUCAAAACACUUGAUCGGAAUGGACAAAGUGCGGAUAUAGUGUUAGGCUUUGAUGAUCUAGGAAGUUAUCUCACUAAUCCUCGCUACUUUGGAGCUGUGAUAGGUCGAGUUGCUAACCGUAUUGCUAAGGGUCAGUUUGAAAUAGAAGGAAAAGUGUAUAAGCUGGCUAUCAAUAAUGGACCCAAUUCCCUGCAUGGUGGCAUCAGGGGCUUUGAUAAGGCUGUGUGGAGCAGUGAGCCUGUGGCAAACGGAGUGAAACUGAGCCACACAAGUCCUGAUGGAGAUGAGGGUUAUCCUGGCAACCUGAAGGGUUCUGUUACCUACACACUGGAGGAAAACACACUAAGUGUACAUUACUGUGCCCAAACUGAUCAAACUACACCAAUCAACCUGACUAAUCACUCUUAUUUCAACCUGGCUGGACAGGGUACACCAGACAUUUAUGACCAUGAAGUAAGCAUCUCAGCAGAGACAUACCUGCCUGUAGAUGAAAACAUGAUUCCGACAGGAGAAAUUAGACCUGUAGAAAAUUCACUCUUUGACCUCCGCAAACCGGUUCUUCUUGGGACUCGACUUAAAGAACUUCCUGGCCCUGGGUUUGACCACAAUUUCUGCCUUUGGCUUCCAGGACAAUCAAAACAAGAGAGGAAGUGUGCCAGAGUGGUGCAUCCUGGGACAGGGCGUGUUCUGGAGGUGAGCACCACCCAGCCUGGUGUUCAGUUCUAUACUUCCAACUUCCUGGAUGGAACAGUUGGAGGGAAAGGAGGGACGUCAUACCCAAAACACAGCGCUUUUUGUCUGGAGACACAGAACUGGCCAGAUGCUGUUAAUCAGCCCAAGUUUCCUGAAUCUCUGCUGAGACCGGGAGAGGAGUACAUUCACACUACGCGCUUUACUUUCUCAGUUGCCUGAGACAAAAAUAUACAUAAAGCAAUCUAGUAAAGUGGUCCUGCCAGAUGAAAGGCCACCGUUUCAUCAAAGACACCUAUAAAAUCAAAAAGACUGCAUUAUAAAUUUAAAGCACUUCUAUAUAUUUGUGUGAAAUGAAGAUAAGUUCACAGAUCAGCAUGAUUUAAACAUUUCAUACAAACUUUUUUUCUAUUGGUAUUAUGCAGUCCAAGAUCAAGUAAUUAAUACAAAUGUCCAAUCAUCAUAAACCAUAAUAAAAAUAAUAACUAUUCAAGACAUUCUGUCAGUUGAGUAUUUCUUUCAUUGUAUAACCAGACUGAAAAAAGGCAGAGAAUAAGAAAAUAUCUAAAGCGUAACUGCAGUAUCCAUGCUCAUUUUCAAGUAAUGCUCAAAUGUCAAUACCUUUGUAACUACUUUUUUUUUUUUUAAUGCACAUGCAUUUUUGCAUCCAAUUAUGAUUCAAACUAAAUUACAUGUAAUUAUAUGUAAAUCACAUAAAGAGUGAAUCUGUAUUAUCCAGUUUAAAUAUAUAAAAAUAAAGCUGUGUUGUACAAAA